AAGAGGUUCUGCCAUUGCUGGGAGCUUGAAGUAUUUUCCUUGCAUUUUUGAUUUCAGGAAAAAUAUUCUUGACAAUACUUUAAUAAACAAAUACAGUAUAUCCACAGACCCAAAAUAUAAGGUUAAAAUGAACACAUCAGACGAUGUGGGUAAAAAAUCGACUGCCAAAUGUCUCUUGGACAACUGGGUGGAAGAGAGAGCCACAUCAUUUAUUGAUACUGAGGAAUCCAAAGCUCAUAUUUCCAAACAUGGACACCAAGGGAUAAUUUCUAUGGACCUGGUAUCUAAAACGCAAGAUGUCACUACAGUCAAAGAGGCCUUCAUCCCUCCUGCAGCUUCCCAGAUACGACAGAGGGGGCUACGGGAAGAACUUCUAGAAAAAGCCCUUUACAACACGAUAAGCCAGCAGGUGGAUGAAGAAUUUAAUCCUGGUCCUCCUCCUGCAGAGUUCAUCUCCACCACAAGGGAGGACUUCAAAGUACCUGGGUUUCAAUCAGUACCCCCCUCUCCCUCCAAGGAACAUGAUUACAAAAGUGAACAGGCCAUUUCUUUUUGGAGUGAGAACCAUGAGAAGGUACAGCGUGUAACAGCAGUCAAGACAAGGGACACUCCAUUCAAAAGGAAUUCCUUAUUUAGCACACCAAUUGGCCAACGUCUAGAUGAUCCAGUGCUUUGAACACCUGAGAAUUAUCCAGAUAUCUAUACUGUACACAAACAAUGUUGCACAUUCUUUUAUCUCUGUCUAAUAACCAACAAUUCUACCACAAAUUUUUGUCCUCCUAUACAUACACGUAUUAGGAUACGUAACUGAAAUGCUGCGAGUUACUUAAUUCUUUCUGGAAAAUCAAUUCUGUUAAGCAAUAAAAACCAUUUCACGCUAUUA